AUGGCGUCCACAAUCGCCGCAGUGGCUUUACUUGCCGCGCUCGUCCAAGCACAAGGCAACUACAGCCACUCAGCUACUCCCACCAUCACUCCUGGAGGCUCUUAUUCCACCACAACAUUCAACUAUAGCGCCGCCAGCACGUAUCUCCCCCUUACCGAUUUCUCAAACGAGCAGUUACAGUUCCUGUGGGACCAAGUCGGGCCGCUCGAGACUGCUACCAUCACUACCACCGUCUCUCCUACCCCCGAGCCGUCCGAGUAUCCUAAGCCUAACUUUAUUCACCCGCUCGUCCCGGCUUAUGUACCUGAGGUCGCAGAUGCGAAGUUGCCGGAUGAUUUCCUUUGGGGUGUGGCAUCUGCUGCUUUUCAGGUCGAGGGGGCGGCUGAUGCGGAGGGGAAGGGGCCGUCUGUCUGGGAUCUGAUCCCUCACCGCUGGGUUAACUCUAUCGUGGACAAUACCACUGGCGACAUCGCGGCCAACGAGUACUACCUUUACAAGAAAGACAAUGCUCGUCUCAAGGCCCUCGGCAUUCAAUCGUACAGUUUCAGUACGGCUUGGGCGAGGUUCUUUCCCUAUGGUCGUGGACCCGUGAAUCAGCAGGCUGUGGCUCAUUAUGAUGAUUUGUUUGCCGAUCUCGAAGCAAACGGCAUCAAGGCUGUUACAACCCUGUUCCAUUGGGAUACGCCGCUUGCUUUGUUCAACAGCUAUGGUGCCUGGACCAGCCAGGAGAUCGUCGCUGAUUUUGUCAACUAUGCCAAGUUUGUAAUUGAGCGCUAUGAUAAGCAUGUUACGGCUUGGAUCACCUUCAAGCCAUCGCAAGUGGGACAAGCUGAACAAAAUGUCAGCGAGCCACAGUACUGCAACUGGCGCUUCUCAAACUACCCCUUUGGCAGCAUCUUGCCCUCAUACAACGGCAUUGGCAAAGGCGGUCUCCGUGCCCAAUACCUCUGUGGCCACUAUACCCUCCUCGCCCAUGCCGAGGUCUACAAAUGGUACAAGAACGAGUAUAAGGGAACCAAGCCCAUGACUUUCAAGAACUCGGCCAACUACAUCAUCGCCAAUAGCAGCUCAGCUGCAGACCAAGAAGCUGUGGGGAGGGUUAAUGACUAUAACAUGGGCUGGUACGGUGGCGUUUGGAGAGAUGGCGAUUACCCUGCUACCUUGAAAGAUACCUUGGGAGACCUCCUGCCUACUUAUACCCAAGCACAGAAGGACCUGAUCAAGGGCGCCGCGGAUUUCUAUGCCAUCGAUGCUUAUACGACACUCUACGCCGCCGCCCCACCAAACGGCAUCGCAGCCUGCGUAGCCAACCGCACCGACCCACACUACCCCCAAUGCGCCACCACUUCCCAACUCCAACCCAACGGCUUCCCUGCCGGUCCCGCCGCCGACGCCGGCGCCACCUGGCUCUACAGCACCCCCGGCGGCGUCCGCCCAUUCCUCUCCUUCAUCACGAAAGAGUACUUCCCUGCUGCCAAGUCUAUCAUGGUGACAGAGUUUGGAUUUGCCGACCCGGCGGAGGGUGCGUUCAGUACACUUGAGCAGAUCCUGUGGGAUCUGAGACGGGCGGAUUAUUUCCAGGGGUUCUUGGAUGAGAUUUUGGCGGCGAGGGUGUUGGAUGGGGUUAAUGUUACUGGGAUCUUUGCUUGGGCGAUUUAUGAUAAUUUCGAGUGGAAUAGUGGCCUGGGCACGAAGUUUGGGCUUCAGUAUGUCAAUCUGACAUCUUAUGAGCGCUACCCGAAGGCUAGUAUGUUUCAGUUUUUGAAUUGGUUUAAGAGUCAUGGGGCGGAGACGACUGCUACUGCUAAUGUCACCACGCCGAUUGGGAAGAGAAUGCCGGCGAUGCAGAGAAUGGUGUGA